GCUUCAACACACCACCCACCCACCCAAUCUACGGAGCCUGGACUCCCCCAAACACGCCCCUUUAAAGCCAAGCUUCAACACACCACCCACCCAGCCAUCCCUCCAUCCAUCCGCCGUUCAAGUCAGUCAUAUCCAGCCAUGAAGAACGAUGCGCCGCCAAUGACCCCCGUCUGCGUCACCGGCGCAGCCGGCUUCAUCGGGUCCUGGCUGGUGAUGAGGCUGCUGGAGCGGGGCUACACUGUCCGCGCCACCGUCCGCGAUCCGGGCAACAGCAAGAAGGUCAAGCACCUGCUGGACCUGCCCAAAGCCGACACCAACCUCACGCUCUGGAAGGCCGAUCUCAAUGAAGAAGGCAGCUUUGACGAGGCCAUUGCAGGCUGCGCUGGGGUCUUUCAUGUCGCCACGCCCAUGGACUUCGAGUCCAAGGAUCCCGAGAAUGAGGUGAUUAAGCCCACCAUCAAUGGAGUUCUGGGCAUCAUAAGAUCGUGCACGAAAGCGAAGACGGUGAAGAGGCUGGUCUUCACAUCGUCGGCUGGAACGGUGAACGUUCAUGGGAAGCAGCAGCUAAGCGUCUACGAUGAAACCAACUGGAGUGACUUGGAUUUCAUCUACUCCAAGAAGAUGACUGGCUGGAUGUACUUUGUCUCAAAAACAUUGGCAGAGAAGGCAGCCUGGGAGGCAGCUAAAGAAAACAACAUCAAUUUCAUCAGUAUCAUCCCACCGUUAGUGGUUGGCCCUUUCAUUAUGCCGACUUUCCCACCCAGCCUUGUUACUGCACUCUCUCCCAUCACUGGAAAUCAAGCUCACUACUCGAUCAUAAAGCAAGGCCAGUUUGUGCACCUCGACGAUCUCUGUGAAGCCCACAUGUUCUUGUAUGAGCAUCCUGAAGCAGAGGGCAGAUACAUUUGCUCUCCCUACGAUGCUACCAUCUAUGAUUUGGCUAAAAUGAUGAGAGAGAAAUGGCCUGAAUACAAUGUCCCCUCUGAGUUUGAGGGGAUUGACAAGAACUUGCCAAGUGUGACGUUCUCGUCGAAGAAGCUGACAAGAAUGGGAUUCAAGUUCAAGUACAGCUUGGAGGACAUGUUCAAAGGAGCCAUUGACACCUGCAGGGAGAAGGGAUUACUUCCCUACUCCUUUGAAACCCCUGCCGAUGACCAUUCCUCCCAAAGCCCUGCCACUGGCACCUAGAUUUUAAAUAAUUCACCAAAUAAAAAAGCUAGCUUAAGCAAUUAUCCUCUUUUUUUCUUUCUCUUUUCCUGUUUUUGACAAUUGGCUUUAAGCAAUUGUCUACUUAAAUGGGCUCUUUUUUAAUGUUUUCAAAAGAAUAAUUAAGUGGAUGAUGUGCUCCCGCUGUGAUUAAAGGAAGAGCCCUGUCAAUGUUUUCUGCAUUCCACUAUUGAAAGUACAACAGGAUCAUCAACUUCUCAA